UAUAUUUGUGUAUAUAUAAUUCAAUAAACUGGGCUCACAUGGAAAAAUGGCGGAUGACGAUGUAAACGGAGAUUCUGACGAUGUGCAACAAGAAAAAUCUCAAAAGAAAGCGGCCAAAUAUGAUAGCGGAGCCGCAGAUUUGGAAAAAGUGACAGAUUACGCCGAGGAGAAAGAGAUUUCGUCAUCCGAUGGAUUUUCCUGUGCUCUCAGCAUAAUCGGCGAUCGCCGAGAUAAAGAAGCUGCAGAAAAAAAGGCCAAGGAAAAGGAACUGCUCAAAGUGUCUAUUAAGAAAGAAGAUGUUGAUUUAAUUAUGAGAGAGAUGGAGAUUAGCCGGACUUUAGCUGAACAGACUCUCAGGGAACAUAGAGGAGACAUUGUAGAAGCAUUAGUCACAUUAACUAAUUGAUAUAUAUUGUAUAGAACAAUGACUGAUCUGAUACAAAGCAUACAAAAUCCACUGUAAAUUAUUCAAUUCUGCAAAUGUUAAGAUUUUUGGUUAUUAAUAUUUAUUGACACAUGUAUACACGUGUGUGUAUGUGUAUGUGUCUAUUACAAUAUACAGAUAUAGUACUUGUAA